GUGAGAUUGCGGGCUCAAGGUCGUCAGAGCGGGCCUCGGAGGCUCGUCGUGUACAUACUGGUACCGGUGUCCUCUGAACUUUACGCUCUGCAUGUAAUUUCGCUGCGCUGUCUGCUGCGUAUACGCUCUCUGAACUCUCGGACACCUCUUGGUUAUGCUACCGGCGUACGGGCUUAUGCUGCCGCUCCGCGGGAUCGACGAAGGCGGAGCAUUAAUACUCAGCGGCAGCAACGUUGUGCUGUGCGCCGCCUGCUGCACGUCAAUGUACACCGCCCACGGCAUCGCAUACAGGACGCCUAACGAUUCUGACUCCAUGGCAGAAUCGCUCGAGACGCCCUAUAUGUAAGGCACCGAGGGAAUGUGGUCCUCUCCGUACCUUCAUCCAGCGCUUCUCGACACCCGCUCUACCACCGUCCACCAUGUCCAUACACUCGAACCAUAGUCACCACCACCAUCACCACAGCCGGCACCAUACUCCCUCCGCAUCCUACAGAGAAGCACCCCUCUCGGCCACACCGUCCUACGGCAGCGGCUACGGCGGCGGCUAUGGCGAUCGCGCCAUCACACCUGCCGCCCCUCCGCCUGGGGCAGAUCCUCAGCUCUGGCAGUGGUUCAGCGCGGUAAACGCGACGCAUUCCGGAGGCAUCACAGUACACGAGCUACAGAACGCUCUCGUAAACGGCGAUUGGUCGAAAUUUGAUCUCGACACUGUGAAGAUGCUGAUGAACAUGUUUGACGUCGACCGAAGUGGGACGAUAGGGUUUAAUGAGUUCUGUGGCCUAUGGAGAUACAUCCAGGAAUGGCAGGGCGUAUUCAGGCACUUCGACAAGGAUCGUUCCGGGUCUAUAGAAGGCUACGAAUUGGCCGAAGCAAUGCGUAGCUUUGGUUACAAUCUCUCGCCUUCCAUCCUUACGCUCAUCGAGCAGAAAUACGCAUCUGCACCUGUAAGCGGCUACGGCCCGCCGCCUGGCAUCACCUUCGACCGUUUCGUGCGUGCUUGUGUAGUAGUGAAAUCACUCACGGAAUCAUUCCAGAGGGUCGACACGGACAGAGACGGCUGGGUGCAACUCAGCUAUGAAGACUUCAUGAAGAUUGUUCUCAGCAUGCCUUGAUAUUGGCUGCCAGGAGUGAACGGCGCGGGGAUUCUGUGACUCUGUCUGAGUGAUAACGAUUUGUCGAGUUCUCCUUCAGUGCUGUAGCGAUAAUGUAGCGUCUGUUUAUUUGUAGUUGUACCGUCAACUUGUACGGGCGUUGAAUAGUCCCUUGAGCAAACGUUAUCGCUCUCUCCGUGUCUCCCGGACACCUGGUGACGUACUCCGUAUUAGCCAUCAUAAUCAUAAUGCCAGCCGUGCAUCUCGCCGUACGCGUGUUGUGCGGCCGGCGGGCCAGAGCAUCACUUGUUCAGAUUCGCGUAUUCAAAGCAGUCUAACCAACGCCGGGCUGACCAAGGUCGC